GCCCAGCUCAGCCCAGCUCAGCCCAGCCCAGCUCAGCCCAGCCCAGCCCAGCCCAGCUCAGCCCAGCCCAGCAGGACCACAGCCAUGCGAGCUCUCGUCCUGGCCCUCCUUGGCAUCUGCUGCCUCACCGCCUAUGUCGUGGAAGGUGUGGGCAGCGAGGUCCUGGAGCAGAGGAUCUGCGUGAGCCUGACGUCCCGGCCCCUGCCCGUGAGAAACAUCAAGACCUACACCAUCCGGGAGGGGCCCAUGCGUGCAGUCAUAUUUAUCACCAAGCGUGGCCUCAAAGUCUGUGCGGACCCCCAGGUCGAGUGGGUGAAGAAAGCAGUGGAAUCCAUGGCCAACAAAAAGACCGCCAACCAGAGCAAGCCCACGGGGGCCCAGCAGCCCGCCAGCACCGUGGUGACCGGGGCUCGGUAGUGGGCCUGUGCCCUCCCGCGCCGGCCGGCCUCUGUUUACAGUCUUGUGGACUCGAUGAAUUACACUCGCCUUUUCUGAAAAUACUGCCUCUGUCCCGUUAUUUCCUUG